AUGUGGGAAUUGUUAUCAAAAAGAGUAUUUUCUACAAGUGUCAAUACUGCAAACAAAGUCACAUCCGCAGUUACUACUACUGUUGUUCCUCGUGGCUCUUUAGUAGCUUCUUCUAUUGCUUUUGCUCAAACCAUAGCACCUAAAAAACCGUUGUUGCAUUCCAAUGUCGAAGCAAACAAAAGAAAACGUUUGCCCAAUAGAUGCGGUGCCAUAGCUUGUAAACAGGGUAUGAUUCCUUACUUUGAUUCCAAAACGGGUAAAAGAUUGGCAGCAACAGUUUUAGAAAUGAAUAAUGUUGAAGUGGUCAUGAAUAGAUAUUUGGAAACAAAUGGAUAUUAUGCCUGCCAAGUUGGCUACGGCAACAAGUCUCCUAAACAACUUCCUCGUCAAUUAUUGGGUCAUUUCAGUUCCAAAUUUGUCAAUCCAAAAUUAAAAGUUGUUGAAUUUAGAGUUAAAGAUCAAGACGGAUUAUUAAAGCCAACAACUUUAAUCAAACCAAGCUGGUUUAAAAAUGGUCAAUAUGUUGAUAUACAAAGCGUAAGUAAAGGUAAGGGAUUUGCUGGUGUUAUGAAAAGAUAUGGUUUCAAGGGACAAAAUGCCUCCCAUGGUAAUUCUUUAGCGCACAGACAUGGUGGUUCCUAUGGUCAGAAUCAAACGCCUGGUCGUGUUCUACCUGGGAAGAAGAUGCCUGGUCAUAUGGGUGUCGACACUGUUACCAUUCAAAAUGUUCAGGUAUUGAAGACUGACGACGAAUUAGGUAUAGUUUUGGUCAAAGGCUCCGUAGCUGGCCCAAGAGGCACAUUUGUUAAGCUUCAAGACGCCAUUAAGGUGGACCCAUUUAAAGAUGUUGUUGCAUAA